AUGCCGGUUAAGAAGUUAUUCAAGCGACACAUACCUGAAGAAAUGACACUCAGAAUUCUCUACAGGCUUCCAGUAAAAUCCUUAAUCAGAUUCAGCUGCGUUUCGAAACAGUGGCUUUCGAAAAUAAUCCAUGAUCCGGAGUUUGCCAAAACCCACUACAAACUAGCGAGAGAGCAGCAAACCCUCAGCCACAGACUCCUCGUUUCCACCCAGACCUCCGGACUCGAAUCAAUAGACUUGGAAACAAGGUCGUUUGGAGACAAUUCUGGGGUUAGAAGGCUGAGCUCCCCAUUCAAUGAACCGGGCCAUUUACGUUUUUUGGGAUCGUGCAAUGGUUUGGUCUUUGUAUGUCAAGGUUCUUAUGAAAAUAUGUCUAUUUGGAACCCGUCGACUGGGUUCCUCCACAACUUACAUUUUCCAGGUUUUUUGUCGCAAGGGGAAGUAACAUUUUCCAACCAUGGUUUUGGUUAUGUCUCGGCCACUGACGACUACAAAGUUCUCGUUGCUUGUUAUGAGCGAGAAGGCGAUGAGGCGAUUGGUGAGUACUUGGUCUACUCAUUGAGAGCCAACGCCUGGGCAGCGAUUGAAGACCCUCCCCAUUAUUACCUCAAGACAGGCUAUACACAGGGGGCUCUUUCAAAUGAGGCGCUCCAUUGGCUCGACCUAUUGGACGAACAACAUAGACAGCGUAUCCUGGUUUUCGAUUUGGCAAAGGAGGAGUUUUGGUACAUGUUGGCUCCUACUUUUGACGAGGCUGACGAAGAGGUGGGCGAAUUGGAGGAGGACGCCGAAGUCGCCGACCUGGAGAUCAUGGACAUGGAUCAGAGGUAUUGGACCCAUAUAGGGGUUUUUCUGGGAGGAUCCCUUUGUCUGUGGCUUUGGACGGCGGAUAAGAUGUAUAUCGAAUUCUGUGUGAUGAAAGAAUAUGGUGUUCAUAAUUCUUGGACUAAGCUAUUUAAGUAUAGUGUUGCCGAUGAUCUCGGUCUUCCUGAUAUUAAUCCAUUAAGGUGUUUGAAGACGGUGUUCCAUACUGAAAGUGGCACAGUUGUGGCGAUAUACUAUGACAAAAAUGAGUUGAUAAGGAUUGAGAAGCUUGGAAACGUCGUCGUUACCAGUCGCCGACAUCCAGCUGGGGAGGUUUUGGAAGAAGUGGUGCAAUAUGAUGAGAGCCUGCUUUCGCUUAUUGAGUACCAAAACCCAACACAAGGCGGAAAUGAAGAGCGAGAUUCGACCCAAAAGAAUGAAGAGGGGGCUUCCACCAAAAAGAAUGAAGAGGGGGCAUGA